GACGGCACCGAGAGGACGGUACCGAGGAGACAGCUGGCACAGGUGGCAACUCCGCACAGCAGGCGCGCAUGUCGCCGAGACUCCUCGGGCUGCGUACUACCGAGUGGGAGUAUGUAAGGGAGGCGAAGCGGCCGACGACCCCCACCCAGCACGAUGGCAAGCCAGGAGCAGGUCGUCGCCCCCGGCGUGCCCGCCUCAGCGGUGUCUCUCAUCGACACGUUCUACCGGGUCUCAGACCUGCCCACGGACGACGAGUACAUGGCCUGCUUCGCGCCCGACGCCGUGUUCAACAUCAUGAAGGAGCGGGUGGGGCACGACGAGAUCUUGCAGAGCCGCAAGUGGGGCAAGACGACGCGCACGGGCCAGGUGCAUCGCUGGAGCCACAUUUGGACAACGGGGCCCGACGUGUACUAUGUCCUCGGGGACAUCGACUUUGACCGCACCGCCGACGGCGCGCAGGUGCGCCGCAACCCGUGGAUCGGGCGGUUCGUCACUACGGGCGGGGAGAAGCCGCUCAUCAAGGACUACUAUGUUUGGGUUCGCUUUCCCUCCAUGCAGGGGGAUGUGGCGGACCCGUAUGUCAUCGACAACCGGACGAGGGUGUAGGCGAAUGUGGCGGACCCGUAUGUCAUCGACAACCGGACGAGGGUGUAGGCGAAUGUGGCGGGGGGACGACAAAUGGGGUAUGUACACUGUAUGAGGGUGUACCGUCGACAAG